AUGUCAUACUUCUUCUCCACCCCGGUCGACAUCGACGUCGUGCUCGAAGACCUCGAUGACCGCUCGGCCGUCGACGUCAAGCUCGACAAGAACCGCAAAGAGAAGGUCCCGCUGUACCUAGAUGGCGAGUCGGUCAAGGGCCAGGUUACUGUCAGGCCCAAAGAUGGCAAGCGACUGGAGCACACGGGCAUCAAGGUGCAAUUCAUUGGCACGAUUGAGAUGUUCUUCGAUCGCGGCAACCACUACGAGUUCCUCUCCCUCGGCCAGGAGCUAGCAUCGCCCGGCGAGCUGCAGCACCCGCAGACGUUUGAUUUCAACUUCAAGAACGUCGAGAAGCAAUACGAGUCGUACAAUGGCAUCAACGUCAAGCUGCGCUACUUUGUGCGCGUCACCGUGUCACGGAGAAUGGCCGACGUAGUAAGGGAAAAGGAUCUGUGGGUCUAUUCAUACCGGAUACCCCCGGAGACGAACAGCUCUAUCAAGAUGGACGUGGGCAUCGAAGACUGCCUGCAUAUCGAGUUUGAAUACUCAAAGUCGAAAUACCACCUCAAGGACGUCAUUGUAGGCAGGAUAUACUUCUUGCUAGUUCGGUUAAAGAUCAAGCACAUGGAGCUCUCCAUCAUCCGGAGAGAGACAACAGGUACCGCGCCUAAUCAGUACAAUGAGAGCGAGACUCUGGUUCGCUUCGAGAUCAUGGAUGGUUCACCAUCGCGAGGCGAAACCAUACCCAUCAGGCUGUUCCUCGGUGGCUUUGACCUUACGCCCACCUUCCGAGAGGUCAACAAGAAGUACUCGACUCGCUACUACCUCAGCUUAGUACUCAUUGACGAAGAUGCACGGCGAUAUUUCAAACAAUCCGAGAUUGUACUCUUCCGACAAGCGCCCGAAGGCCUGACUUUGGCUCAAGAGCAAAACAAGUUAAUGGCAGUGUCAUGA